AUGCGCUGCAUCUCACACCUACCGAUACCCCGCCCCAUCUCCACGCGCUGCAUCUCACACUACCGAUACCCCGCCCCAUCUCCACGCGCUGCGUCUCACACCUACCGAUACCCCGCCCCAUCUCCACUCGCUGCGUCUCACACCUACCGAUACCCUGCCCCAUCUCCACUCGCUGCGUCUCACACCUACCGAUACCCUGCCCCAUCUCCACUCGCUGCGUCUCACACCUACCGAUACCCUGCCCCAUCUCCACUCGCUGCAUCUCACACCUACCGAUACCCUGCCCCAUCUCCACGCCCUGCGUCUCACACCUACCGAUACCCUGCCCCAUCUCCACUCGCUGCGUCUCACACCUACCGAUACCCUGCCCCAUCUCCACGCCCUGCAUCUCACACCUACCGAUACCCUGCCCCAUCUCCACUCGCUGCGUCUCACACCUACCGAUACCCCGCCCCAACUCCACGCGCUGCAUCUCACACCUACCGAUACCCUGCCCCAUCUCCACUCGCUGCUUCUCACACCUACCGAUACCCUGCCCCAUCUCCACUCGCUGCGUCUCACACCUACCGAUACCCUGUCCCAUCUCCACGCCCUGCAUCUCACACCUACCGAUACCCUGCCCCAUCUCCACUCGCUGCGUCUCACACCUACCGAUACCCUGCCCCAUCUCCACUCGCUGCGUCUCACACCUACCGAUACCCUGUCCCAUCUCCACGCCCUGCAUCUCACACCUACCGAUACCCUGCCCCAUCUCCACUCGCUGCGUCUCACACCUACCGAUACCCUGCCCCAUCUCCACUCGCUGCAUCUCACACCUACCGAUACCCUGCCCCAUCUCCACGCCCUGCAUCUCACACCUACCGAUACCCUGCCCCAUCUCCACGCCCUGCAUCUCACACCUACCGAUACCCUGCCCCAUCUCCACGCCCUGCAUCUCACACCUACCGAUACCCUGCCCCAUCUCCACGCGCUGCAUCUCACACCUACCGAUACCCUGCCCCAUCUCCACUCGCUGCGUCUCACACCUACCGAUACCCUGCCCCAUCUCCACUCGCUGCGUCUCACACCUACCGAUACCCUGUCCCAUCUCCACGCCCUGCGUCUCACACCUACCGAUACCCUGCCCCAUCUCCACUCGCUGCGUCUCACACCUACCGAUACCCUGCCCCAUCUCCACUCGCUGCAUCUCACACCUACCGAUACCCUGCCCCAUCUCCACGCCCUGCAUCUCACACCUACCGAUACCCUGCCCCAUCUCCACGCCCUGCAUCUCACACCUACCGAUACCCUGCCCCAUCUCCACGCCCUGCGUCUCACACCUACCGAUACCCUGCCCCAUCUCCACUCGCUGCUUCUCACACCUACCGAUACCCUGCCCCAUCUCCACUCGCUGCGUCUCACACCUACCGAUACCCUGUCCCAUCUCCACGCCCUGCAUCUCACACCUACCGAUACCCUGCCCCAUCUCCACUCGCUGCGUCUCACACCUACCGAUACCCCGCCCCAUCUCCAUGCGCUGCAUCUCACACCUACCGAUACCCUGCCCCAUCUCCACUCGCUGCUUCUCACACCUACCGAUACCCUGCCCCAUCUCCACUCGCUGCGUCUCACACCUACCGAUACCCUGCCCCAUCUCCACGCCCUGCGUCUCACACCUACCGAUACCCUGCCCCAUCUCCACUCGCUGCAUCUCACACCUACCGAUACCCUGCCCCAUCUCCACGCGCUGCGUCUCACACCUCCUCAGCCCAGUGUGACGGGAGACGCCUCCUGCCAUGUUGCCUGAGAAAGUAA